AUGCACUUUAGCUCAGCGACCCCCACUGGCGGAAUCCUGGCGCGCACCGCGCGCCGCGCGAAGACAGUCCCGGCCAUCUCGGCUGCCUCCCCGCCCGUGCCCCUCAAACUCCCACUCGGUCCCCGCACUCACGCUGGUCCUGCCCGAGAGCCGCUGCCAUUCAGUACGUCUCACCCUGCCAAUGACCCCCGCAAGCCGGAGUCAAGCGUGAAGUGGACCGCAGGACUGGCUAGUAACCCCUUCCCCUCCUCGGCGAAACUGGAGUCUGGGCUCCCUGCUUCGACCGGCGCCUCGCCAGGAGACGACCCAACUUGCGCCACCGGGUCCACCAAGUGCAUCCAUAGGCCUCUGAACAUUGCCACAGCGCCCGACAGGUACCGGCCACCAACCAGUCUCGCCGCCUGGACCCUCUCAUCCACCUGCAGCGGGCACCAGGAGCUCCAGGGGCCCAGGGAUGGAUGCACUGAUCCGCAAGGCCCGCCGCGCCUCCUCCCCAAAUCUUCAGCCUUCAAACUUGGCCAACUCUCCAAGCCAACCUCCGGGCUACCGCCGCAGGACCGAGCCUCCCUCCCUCCUUCUUACGGCGGCGACGGCUCGGAGCUCUACCGAGCUGGAGCUGUGGUCCGGCAGACGCGCUCCAGCCGGUGCGCCCGGCAGCCAAAUAAUCACGCUAAAAAUCCCCCACGCACCCUUGCCUCCGCCGGCGAUCCACGGUUCUACCAGGCGCUUCCCCCGUGGUCUUCCUCUCCGGGCGCUCCUGGCCAGGGCGAACCGGCCACCCGGCCGCUGCCGCCGCAGUGCCCGCCGCGCGCUCGCCGGGACCAGAGCCGCGAGCAGAGGCGCUCGGCGCUCGGGACGCCGCCGCCGCCGCGGGGGCUCGCAGGCGGAGGAGGGGAGCCGGGAGGAGGAGAACGGCAGCGGGAGGAGGGGGACGGGGGCGCGAGAUCCCGGUCCGCAACCCAGAUCACAGCGCAGCCUGCCGGGAGGAGCGCCGGCUCUUGUGGCUGCUCCGAGCUGCCGCCGCCGCCGCUACUGCUCGCCGCCUCGCGGCUCCCAGCUCCCCAUCACCGUCGACGCCGACGCACAGCCAAGCCCCUCUCUCGAGUCUCCCCCUCUCGCUUCUCUCGCGCUGUCUCCUCCUCCCAAACCGCGAGCGAAAAGGGCGAGGGGGAGAGAAGCCUCGGCGUCCAGGAUGACUAG